UGCCGCGGCGGGGCCCGGAUGGGCGCCCUGGCCCGCGGCGGCGGCGCCCAUGGACGCUAACCGCCCGGGCGCGUUCGUGCUUAGCAGCGCACCCUUGGCUGCGCUGCACAACAUGGCCGAGAUGAAGACCUCGCUGUUCCCGUACACGCUACAGGGUCCUGCCGGUUUCAAGGCGCCCACGUUGAGCGGUCUAGGGGCACAGUUGCCUCUCGGCACCCCGCACGGCAUCAGCGACAUCCUGGGGCGACCUGUGGGCACGGCGGGCGGUGGCCUCCUGGGUGGCCUGCCCCGCCUCAACGGGCUAGCCUCGUCGGCCGGCGUCUACUUCGGGCCUGCGGCCGCCGUGGCGCGUGGCUACCCCAAGCCGCUGGCCGAGCUGCCGGGGCGCCCGCCUAUCUUCUGGCCUGGCGUGGUGCAGGGCUCGCCGUGGAGGGACCCGCGCCUGGCCGGCCCGGCCCAGGGCACCGGGAUCCUGGACAAGGACGGCAAGAAGAAGCACUCGCGGCCGACGUUCUCAGGCCAGCAGAUCUUCGCGCUGGAGAAGACCUUCGAGCAGACCAAGUACCUGGCGGGCCCGGAGCGGGCCCGGCUUGCCUACUCGCUGGGCAUGACUGAGAGCCAGGUGAAGGUGUGGUUCCAGAACCGGCGAACCAAAUGGCGUAAGAGGCACGCGGCGGAAAUGGCUUCGGCCAAGAAGAAGCAAGAUUCAGACGCCGAGAAGCUGAAGGUGGGCGGCUCCGACGCAGAGGACGACGACGAGUACAACCGGCCCCUGGACCCUAAUUCGGACGACGAGAAAAUCACGCGGCUGCUCAAGAAGCACAAACCCUCGAACUUGGCGCUGGUCAGCCCGUGCGGCGGUGGCGCAGGGGACGCCUUGUGAGGCCUCAGCCAGGCCACAGAACCAGAGUACCGGGCGCUGCCGGAGCCCCGACGCCAGCCGCCGCGCCACAGUGUGUAUAUAUAUUUUUUACAGAAUAAGUUAUAAAGCGG